AUGACAGAUAUAAAUGAAAAUGAUGCUGAUAUAAACGAAGUAUUCGAUAACAUAGUGUUUAGUGAAGAAAAAUUGAUUGAAGAGGGUUAUUCGGAAGGAUUAGAAAAAGGUAGAAACGAAGAGAAUGUUGAAGGUUAUCAUUUAGGAUAUCAUCGAGGCGCUGAGGUUGGUGCAGAGCUUGGUUAUUAUUUAUCUGUUGCCGAAGGUUAUCUAAAAUCGUCCGAAAAGUUAUCAGAGAAGGUGUUAAAAUCACUCAAAAAACUUGUGGAUGAAGUAAAUAAAUUCCCAAACUGUAAUAACAAAGACAUUGAUAUCCUGAGUGAAUUAGAUAAUAUUAGAAGUUUGUUUAAAAAAACAUGCGCUUUGUUAAAAGUGGACGCAUUUUAUCCCGAGUUAGAUAAUUUAUCAUUUUAG